GCUCGGCAUGUCUGGCAAUGCAUGCAGCGCGGACGGGGAACCAAGAUAGCUCUAUAGCUUUUUUGUAUAACCGCUUGGACAUGCGUGUGUGUGCGUAUAUGGCGUGGGUGGCAGUGGCCGGCCCUUUUUUCCCCACUAGUGCGCAGGCAACGGCAUUGUUAAUCACUGUUGCACUUGUAGUGCCUCAUCCGGGGUAAAGUCAACCUCAAAUGAGCAUACAACAACAUUAAACAAUCCUAAAACAAAAUAAUGGGACUACAACAAGAAUAACAGCGGACCGCCUUAUAUCCGUCGAGCUUUGCGGCACAGCAGGCCAGAAGCACUACUGGAACCUCCCCGAGCGUGUUCGCCUUAAGCACGCCAAGCGUUUGCCCGACCGGGAGCCCCAAGAUACACCAAAACAGAUCGGCGUGUAGCACUCUUUUCACUGUCUAGAAGUACUUCAGGAGUUUUGGGGCAUCCAACAUGGCGUCUCUUGGAGCCUUGUAUCCAGGCUUUGCUCAUCACCACCCGGGACAUUACAUCCUCACCGGCCAUCACAAUCCCUACUUUUACAGUGCUAGGGAGAUGGCGUAUGCCAGCCCGAUGCAGCUGGGAAUGCUGGCCCCGAUCGACCGCCGGGAAGCCCCCCAGAAGCCACCCUACUCCUACAUCGCCCUAAUCGCCAUGGCCAUCCGGAGUGCCCCGGACAAGAAGAUCACCCUGAACGGCAUCUACCAGUUCAUCAUGGACCGAUUCCCUUAUUACCACGACAACAAGCAGGGCUGGCAGAACUCCAUCCGCCACAACCUCAGCCUAAACGACUGCUUCGUCAAGGUGCCCCGAGAGAAAGGCAAGCCGGGCAAGGGCAACUACUGGUCCCUGGCCGUCAACUGCGACGAGAUGUUCGAGAACGGUAACUUCCGGCGACGGAAGCGGCGGCCCAAGUCCGCCAACGGAGCCAAGGGUCAGGGGAGGGAAGACAUGCAGAAGGAGGACCAGUCGGCAGACUCCUCGGAUCAGACAUCCAAGAUGGAAAGCGGCACAAUGUCAGGGCGACCCGCAGAGGGUCCGGACCAAAGUCACAAUUUCGCACGCACACGACAACUAAGCGAACUCAGUGACAACGGAGCCGUGAAAAGCGACGGAAAUCGUGUGGAGGUCUUCAACAGCUGCAACGCUGAGCACGGUGCACGCGACGUCGACAACGACAUCAGCGACGACAGCGACCCGGGAUGCUUUGCAGACGACCGAACGAUGGCAGCAAUGCCGAAGCCAAUCGACCAGGUAGCCCUUCCGUUGACCCCAGUCCAAAGACUGCCCCCUGGUUCACCCUCGUUGCCGGCCGUGAAGUCGGAAGAGCGCAAAACCAGGAGUUCCUUUUCCAUCGAGAGUUUGCUGGCGACGCCGGCAAACGACCGAGAGCAGCAGCUCCCACCGAGUCGCAAGAGACCCUGCCCCCAAAUCAACGACAAUGACGACGACAACGACGAAGACGGGCCCUACUGCAAGCGACCCUGCCACCGAAGUCACGACGAAUGUGGCCAUAGCAAGCUCCUCCGGGCUCUGCCCACUGCAACUGCCGAGCGUCACCCUCAGGCAUUCCAAGCACAGGGGAACGGCGGUGGGGCGUUGCCGCGGUCGGCCGGGGAAGACUUCUGGCAGGGAGUCCGCUCGGCGGAAAAGGUCGGUCUCUCCCCAGAAAAGUUUCUGGCGGAAACGUCGUUGCGGUACCGGACUUAUUCAACCUUAAGCGGGACAGGCCAGAGAGACAGCGGCUACUCUGCCUACCGAGUGCCGUCAGCGGCCGCUUUGUCCCCCACACUCCAUUUCCCUAACCCGGCCACACCAAAUAGAACCUGGCCAUACAGUCCGUACAUAUCACCGCUCAUCUUAUCCCACCAGCAAGCUGCAGCUUCUCUGGUAUCCUACCACUGAAGACUCACCAAAAUUAUGACUGUAAACUUUCUACUCUGUGCACUGAAACCCUGCAUCGGUCCUACUUUUUUAACCCCCCCCGCCCGCCGGAAGCUUAAAGUCUGUUUGUAAGCCAAUAUAUUUUGCGAUGACAUGUAGGCCUAAUUCAUUCUGUAAAUAAUUGUAAAUUUGAUUGUGCAUUGCCAGAUUGAGUGAAUAUUUCAUUUAUACUUUUGCCGUGAUAUCAGUCUCACCUAAAAAAUGCUUGGCUUUUCACUGAAAUUCACUUAGUUUACCUCAAGCUGAGCGGCUUCGAGUAGAAAAUUAGUAACACAGAAAUAGCUGGAAAUCCAAUUAAUUUAUCUGAUAUAGCUAAACACCACAGCCAAAAUUAAAAGGUCCAAACAAUUACUCAGUUUUUAAGUUCCAAACAGUUUUAAUGUUAAGUUAAAUAACCCUAAACAGUAGUUCCCAAACAUGAGGAAAUAUCAAUUACUACGAUUUUAUUGGCUUAUUUUGAGUGCAAAAAUAAUGACAGCUGAAAUGCAUGCAUGUAAAACUUAAUGUCCCAACAGUUUGGGACAUUAAUAAUUAAACCAAAAAAGAACAGAAUUUAA